AUGAUGGGUGGCACACGGUCAAGAAAGGGAGGCGCGAUGCUGUGGAGGUGGGACUGGUGGCUCUUUGUGAAGUUGAGGAUGGGGAAGGAAGUGGAUGGUGGCAUUGCAGUGAGGGGAUGUGAGGCUGGACGAGGAGAGGCCGGGAGGUGCGACCAGAUUAGGGUGAAAUGGGAGAGGGAGAUGAAGAUGAGCAGUAAGGGAAAAAGAGAUGUGAAGGCUACUAUGUAUGAUGAUGGAUAUGGAUGUGGACCUCCAUGGUGGAUGAAGGAAGAAUUGUGUGAACAGUUGAGAGAUAGAGACCAAAAUGGGUGA